ACGCCUCGGUAAUCGUGUCCGGGGAUUCGCGGCUGUACCUGGCGUUCCAGAUUCGCGCGCGCCGGCCGCAGCCCUACCUGAUCUACUCGGUCGGGCCGAGGAACGGCCUGCCGUCCGCCGCGUCCGGAUAUUACCUGUCGGAGCACCGGGAUGCGGUGUCGAUGACCGUCGACUAUACUAACGGGUUGGUCUCGGUCCCCCGCGGGGGCUCCGGGUUCUCAUCAGCGCGGUGGCACGGGCUGCUCGUACUUCUGGGAUGGAACGUGCUGAUGCCAGUUGGAGUAAUGGCGGCCCGGUACUUCAGGCAAUACGAUCCGCACUGGUUCUACAGCCACUUCUUGAUCCAAGGGAUCGGGUUCCUGUUGGGUCUAGCCGGGAUCGUAAUCGGGUUCGGUCUCGACGGUUCCGGGGUGAAUAAUGUGGACGCACACAAGGCUCUGGGGAUUGCCAUCUUAGCCCUUGGUUCCCUUCAGGUGAUGACGCUCCUCGCUCGCCCCGACAGAGCAUCGAAGGCGAGGAAGUACUGGAACUGGUGCCACCACUGGGUCGGGAGGGCGGUGAUCGCGCUGGCGAUCGGGAACAUAUUCUUCGGGCUGGCGAUCGCACGCGAGAUCAGCUCGUGGAGCAUCGCGCACCGCAUCUUCCUAGCAGUUUCGGCCGUCACUUCCGUAUUCUUGGAGGUUAGGAAGCGUACGAGCGACAAGUAAGAUGUACCAUGAUCGGCCAGCGGAGACUCCGUUGUUACGGUUUGUUGUAGAAAAUGUAGUUUGAUUGUCCAUUCUUUCUACUGUUUAUGUGAUUGUUUUGAGUGCUAAAUCAAUCACAGCAGAUCAAAGUCGAACCGCGAACAGCGACCGAGCCACUAGGCCGAUUCGGCUCAACCCAUAAAACUGAAAAGCUUUAAAAACCCGUGUUGACGUGUUUGAUCUGAUAUCAUAUCAGUAUAGGUAGACCUGGCAAACACGUGGGUUGAGUAAUCACAGACGGAUCACUAUACCCGCGAGUCUGAUGGAUAUGAAUAAAAUUUACUCAUAAAUGUUUACAUAAUUUACAUCUUCAUCCAUACCCACCCACAAGCAGGUGGGCAAUUGAAUCUGCGGAUUAC